AUGGCCAGCAAUUCUUUCAUCAACUUACAGGGAAAAGUUGUCAUUAUCACAGGAGCCAGUGCCGGGAUCGGCGAGGCCACGGCCCAAGAAUGUGCCCGACAAGGCUGUCAGCUGAUGCUCCAUGGGCGGGACACGGGACGCCUGCAGGCCGUCUCUGCGGCGUGCCGGCAGUUGGGAGGUCAGAAUAUAACGGUGCAGACAACUGCUGGUGACAUCACAGAUCCUGCCGUCCAGAAGGAGAUCAUCGAAGAAACCCUGUCAGCAUUUGGCAAAAUUGACAUCUUGGUCAACAAUGCUGGGAUGAUGAUCAACCGAGACCCCCUGACCGCCACGAGAGAAGUCUACAAGCAGAUCAUGGACACCAACCUGGAGAGUGUAUUCUUCUUAACCCAGCUGGCCAUCCCACACCUGAUCAAGUCCAAGGGCAAUGUUGUCAAUGUUUCCAGCAUUGUUAGCCACACAGUUAUGGCCCCACAUGGCGUCCGGGUCAACUCUGUCAAUCCAGGGUCUGUGGUCAGCUUGAUAUACAAGAGAGGACAAGAGGCUUUGUCUGAUCAGCAGUAUGAAGAGUUCCAGCAGAGGCAGGCCUCGCCCAGUGUACAUCCGCUGGGUCGCAUGGUUCUAGCAUCAGAGGUGGCCGACUCCAUCGUGUUCCUGGCCUCGGAGCGGGCCAGUUUUAUCACUGGACAAAUCAUCUUUGUGGAUGGAGGUCGCCACUGCCUGGGCCCGGUGCCUCAGCUCAAGUAG